AACAUAACCUCGCAUUUUUGGCAGCAAUCACCUGACGUUUCUAACAUAAAUAACAACAACCAACUAGUAAUCUUUCCACAGUAAUUUUCCAUCUCCUGGCUGACAAAAAAGGAUCUAAUACCUUCCCACUAACGCGUUACAGUUGGUAACAUGUCCCCUAUUAACUGGUGAAAAUGGAGCCCCAAACCACCGCCUGGGCCAGCCUAAUUGUGAUACUUCUCCUAAGUAGUUUCGGUGUUUUUGGAUUACUAACAGUUCUUGCUGGCAUAUCAGUGUUUUUCGUUGGGGCGUUUUCGCUCCUCUACUUAAAGCUGGGAGAUAUCGAGUCGUUCUAUGCCAAAUGCGCUGGCAAUCCGCUCACGACUAAUCAGCAGAGCGAUGGAGGCCUGAAAGCCAUCAAAGCAGCCCUGUCGAGCCCAAAGAAAGUGCCAAAGUCCGAUAAUCGAGUAACAGGCAGUGAGCUGAUCGACAGCUCGUUACAAGAGAUUCUCGGCUACAUAAUCAGGGACUACAUUGAACCCUGGUAUCGCCUAAUCUCUAUGGACUCGGAGUUUCCUCAGCUGGCCGUCAGGCAGACCGCUCAAACGUUUGCCAUCAAUAUUUCCAACAGAGUAAAGGAGGUUGAUUGGAUCCCAUACCUAACUCAAAGACUGGUGGACGAUGCUGCCACUCAUUUGCGCCUGUACAAGCAAGCAAGGGCCAAGAUGAAAAUCCAGGAAAAGCAGCGCGAGGCUCGAAACUCGCCUGCAAAGGACGCAAGGGCUUCGCCCAAAAAAACCAUCCACAAGCGACACAAAAGCGAAACCGACGUAAGCUGGUAUAAUGGAAAAAGCUCCGACUUCGGACGAGAUGUGGGAAAUUCAAAGUUCUUUUCACCGGAGGCCAAAGAAUGCACGCUAGAGGAGCAUUUCUUCAAUUUGGAGCUGCAAAUGGAGAAAAAUCUAAUUUCCAGACUGGUAGUCUGCACUGAUGUGGCAAAAGAAAAAGAAUUCCUGUGCGAAAUUAUGGAAGUGUUGCUUUACAUCCUGCUACCAGACGAAGACUUUCAGUGCAAGCCCUUGCGGUAUUUGCUGCGCGAUAUUUUCUCAAAUGGCGUCAUUUUGCCACUCUUUAACCUGGUGGCUGAUCCUGACUAUAUCAACCAGGCAAUGCUUUGGAUCUGUCUGCGAAACAUGCCCAUAUCCAGCGAAAUGUUCCUGACAACUUUGCGGCUGACUGAAAGCCCGGAGGAACUGAAAAGUACCAAAGAGUUAGUCGAGAGCGAAAUACACAACUUAAGAUCCAGGGAUGCAGGUGGAGAAGACCUGGCAGUGAAGCAGCAGCUGAGCAGUCUGGCUUAUGUGGUGAAACUCAUCGACUCCAGGUUAGUGAAGAUGGAGACGUCCGGCUGCAUGGACGAGGCCCUUCCUAUGGACAAGAUCCCGAAAAUCGACCUAAGCCUUGAGCAAAUUCUGCAGGACAGCCUGGGGCUGUCCUAUUUCAUGGACUUCGUGUCCAGUCAGGGCAGGCAACUGGAUUUAUUCUUCUACCUGAACAUCGAAGGAUGGAAAGAUUCCCUAAAAAAGGAGCUACUCGAGGUUCAACAGCCGUCAGAAACCGCUUUGUUGGUAUGCGAAAAGGCACGAUGCUCAGCCCUAGGAAUCUAUGAGCAGUACUUAGGCGGCAAAGAGGAGCGAGUGAACAUCAGCGAAGACAUUGCGCAAAGUUUGCACUUUAAAAUCAGGAACCUGAACGAAAAACCCCACGAGUUCUGGUUCGAUAAAGUGAAGAAAGUUAUGUUUGAGAAAAUGGAGAGCGAAUGCUUAGCGGCGUUUAAGAGAAGCAAAACCUACAUCAAGAUGCUGCAUGAGCUGGAUUUGGUGCCGCAAAGCAUAGCUGAGGAGGACAGCGUCAGCUUGAACAGCAUUGAAAGCCUGGAAAAGGACAACAGUAUGGGCGAAACCCUAAAACCGAAUAAAUCCACCGCUAAUCUGCUAGCGGUGGAACAAUCACCCAAACUGGUGAAACAUGCUCGGUCAUUUAGCGAUGUCACUAUGUUUAAGGGGGCGGAAAAUGGACAGUCGUUGUUUAACCCGCAUCUUGCAGCGCCUGUGGACGGUGAUGCGGCCAGCUUCAGCUCGAAAACUGAGGCAGAGAGUCUGAAAACCGGAGAAUACGGAUUAGCUGUGAAUAUCAUAGAAACUGGUAUCGUUUGCGAAAAGGGUAAAACUUUUGGAAUCUACGCCAUUAGGGUGAGCAGGCAGUAUUCGUCAGGGUAUUUGGAAGAGUGGCACAUUUAUAGGAGAUACAGCGACUUCUAUGACUUGCACAUGAAAGUUAAGGAAAAGUACCCCGAUCUGUCGAAAAUCGCCUUUCCAGGCAAAAAAACAUUCCACAACAUGGAGCGCGCCGUGUUGGAAAGACGCAUGAAAAUGCUGGGUAGUUACAUGGCGGAAUUGUGCCAAAACACUGUGAUGAACGCGCACCGCGGUCUUAGAGACCUGCUUAUGACCUUUUUAGAGCAGGGCGACUACGAUAGAGCCACUGGAGGCCCGAUUUCCGCAACAAUAAACACCCUGGUAAAUCCGAUUAAAUCCGGGAUGAAAACCAUCAAGAACAUGCCAGAGCACUUAAUUAACACUGUGGAUGAAGUGGUUGGGGGAUUGUCGAAGGUUUUCCAGAGCAAAAGUGGAAAACUGCCGGAAACCAGCAAAGUGGGCGCAUCGAUCGAGGAAAGCGACGACAACAUUCCGCUGAGAAUAAUGCUGCUGCUGAUGGACGAAGUCUUCGACUUAAAGUCCAGAAACCAAUGGCUGAGACGUCGGAUCGUCACCAUCCUCAGACAAAUAGUCCGCACAAUGUUCGGCGACAUCGUUAACCGAAGAAUUCUGGACUACGUCUCUUAUGUGACCAGUCCGAAGAACGUCGCCCAUUACCUCUACGUGUUCAAGCAGUCUUUUUGGCCUAACGGCAUGCGAAGCGACCGGAAAUCGGACCGCAGCGCGGACACCAAAAACCGGACACGAGUCGCAUCCAAAGCGGCUCUUCUGUCCUGCCUGUCGGACGAGUUGAAGCACAUUAUCGGCUCUGAAACGACCAGAAAAGGCCUGUUGACCAUUUUCGAUCUGUUUCAAAGGCCCACCUUGAAUCGGCGUCUGCUCUACGUGCUGCUUGAAGGGGUCCUUUGCUCGCUUUUCCCGGAAAAGGACUUAAUGGUGCUGUUCCAGAAGCUCCACUCAAAGCCCCAAUGCGACUCGAAUAGUCAAAAUCGGUGAUAUUUUUCUGUUAGUUAGUUUUAGUGCCAUGCUCUGGUCAAUGGUAUUUUUGGCCGCUCUGACCUGCAUGUUUGAGGAGAGCCCGCCCAAAAAUGCCAUCAACUAGUCUCUUAGUGUUAGUGGACACUAUCUUCUGGUGAUUUUUAUUUAUUGAUUAAUUCUUGCAAGUUCUCAUUCCCCAGAUUAUUUUGUAUUAUUUUCGUUACACUUAACAAACCAAAUGUUUAUAUACGCUAUUUUUCAAAUAAACACCUUAUUUUAUGU